CCUGAGUUUCCACCAACUGAAAAGUUCAGUUGACAGUUAACAUGUCUCGUUCAUUACUUAUAUAGAGUUCCAAAUUAAAUAUUUUCACUCCCUGAGCAAAUACAGCACUCUGAUAGGACCAAUCAUGUGACCUUUGGUUCUUAUCUAAUUAUCUGACAUCAUUUAACUUCUCACAAUUCAUUUUCCAUGACACUUAAACUAGUGGUGUUGGCUAGGCCUGAUCAUGGCAUGCAUUUUCAGAUAGGUAAAUUACUUCUUAACCUAUGUGUAGCUGAAUAUUUCAAAUCAAAGUACACCAUUAACAUCACAGGAACAAAUUCCCACCAGCAAGCAGUAAAAAGCCCAUACUUCCUUAUCAGACUGUCGUCUCAAUCUUUAGAUGACUUUCUUUCGCGUUAGCCCAAGAACGCCAAAACAGCUGUUUUUGUUUGGCACACUGGGAACUACGGUACGCUUGGCUUUUAACGUCUUUACGACAGUGCUGUUCAAUAUGCUAUUUUUUUGUUUUGCUGCUCACAACUCACCAUAUCAUUUCAUGUUUUCCAGAGGUAUGCCAACAGCUUCAGACAUGAGCCCACGUCGUCUGUCCGAUAUUAGCCCCCAACUACAGCAGCUGACGUCCCUCGUUGUCGAGAACAACAAUAAAGAAGCAUUGAAGGCGUCCCGGUCCAUGGCGGAUAUCAACAGUACGUCAAUCGAAGAGCGGAUACUUAGAAUUACCGGCUACUAUGGCUUCAGUGGUGAGGAAGCCUCCAGUGACCGAGCCCCUCUCUCCAAGCCUGAUGAGUUUUCCAUGACGAGCAGUGGGUCCCAGGCAGACGUGUCCAGGGUGAGCGGGAGCAGGAGGCUGCGUUUCUCUCCGCAAGUGGUCCUGGUGCACCUGCAACAGGCUCUGUGGGGCGUGGCUGUGACCAUGUGUGUGUGCUGCUCCUGGUGCGGUGCCAACCAACUUGCCAAGGUGACCCUCAGGCGGUUGAACGCCCCGCUGACUAUCACCUGGUUCUCCACCUCCUGGAACUGCCUCCUCUUCCCCCUCUACUACCUGGGCCACCUGUGCUGCAGCGCCGAGAGACAGAGCCCCAGGCAGAGGUUCAGGGAGUGCUGUCGUUUCCUUGGUGAUGAGGGGCUGACAAAGCGAGUUCUGGUGGGCCGCGUGGUUCCGUUCGGGCUGCUGUGGACCCUCACCUGCUACCUGUACCUGCAGGGACUGCGGCUGAUCCCACCCACCGACGCCUCGGCCCUCUUCUGCUGCUGCAGAGCCUUCGUGUUCCUGCUCUCCUGGGUCGUGCUGCGACAGCGCUUCCUGGGUGUUCGGAUUGUUGCCGCCAUUUUAUCCAUUGCUGGCAUAGUGAUGAUGACGUAUGCAGAUGGUUUCCAUAGCUACUCUGUGUUUGGCAUCGCACUGGUGGUAGCCUCUGCCUGCAUGGCCGCCUUGUACAAGGUUCUGUUUAGGCUCUUCCUGGGGAGUGCUAAGCUGGGGGAGGCGGCCUUGUACCUGAGUGUCCUGGGCGGGGCCAACCUGGUGUUUGUGGGCGUGGUCCCCCUCCUGCUGCUGCUAACGGGCGCUGAGGAGCUGGACUCUCUGGGGGACGUGCCAUGGGCGUGUCUCUGUGGGGCUUCAGCCCUGCUUCUGGUCUUCACCUUCCUGAUGAACUUUGGAGCUUUAGUAACACUUCCAACUCUGAUCUCGCUGGGUGUUGUGCUCAGUGUGCCUGUAAACGCUGUUGUAGAUCGCUGUGCAAGUGAGGUCCAGUUCAACAGCGUUCGCGUUAUCGCCCUUUUGGUUAUUGGGCUGGGCUUCCUGCUGCUGCUGCUCCCCGAGGACUGGGAUCAGAGUCUGCUGCAGCUAUGCGCCGCACUGCACCACAACCAUCAGCCCACAGGGGGCGCCAAAGAGACAUGUACAGAGACCACACAUGUGCUGAAGAACUGUCCCUCCAAACCAGCACCAGAACACUGAACUCUCACUGAGGCUGGGAGUUUGUUCCAGCCAUACAGGGCAAUGCCUGAUAAACCUGAAGAGCUGGUUGUCUCCAAUACAAGAGUAGGUGGGACACGUUACUGGACAAAACAGCUGCAUGACUGCCAUAAUAAGGUUACCAAGAGCACCUGACACUCUAUAGCGACAGAUAUGUAAAAUCACUGCAGAGUUGUGGUGCAGCCAUGUAGAUAGCUUGACGUUUACAGCUGAGUGAGCAAAAGGUGGUUUGUGACCUUGGAAAAUUCCAGCUGAAUGUUUUUUUGAAUGCUUAGGUUUGUGACUUCUAAUUGUUCGUAUGAUGAUGUGUUUAUAAUCUUAUAUAUACCCACAGUCUCAAAUGUUUAAAGCUUGGCUACAUUUGUUUGUACCAGCAACCACAGUACAAACAUCUUUAAUGGACUAAGCCUCUAAAGUACUGCCUGCAGCUUUUAAAGCACACAUCUAGUAUAUUUGAUGUCUAUGUAGUAUACCGGGUGUCUCUCUUGACCAGCAUCUCUCAAAGGUGAAGUGUUUCAGAUGAGUUGAAUUUAAGUGGCGAUGCAGAGUUCUAAUAUUCCCAUGGAAUUACAGCUAUGGUCGUAAGCCUUUGUAAGGAAUCCCAGUAUGUGUGUAUGAGUGUACAGAAUCGGCCAUGUGUGGCUGGUUUACGAUAACACGGACAGGCUAAAUAAAUGGUCUAUGAAGUA